AUGAAGCUAUCUGUUUCCAUUUUUAUAAUAGCCACUAUUGGCAUAUGCUUAGUGCAUACCAAAUCGCAAAAAAGUCCCGUCAUCGACAACAUUGCGGAUAUGAAAGAACUGAAAAAACUGUUUCGCACAAAAACAAACGUACUGAUACUGUUCGUGGCCGGGAUGAAGGAAAACAAUGCCGUACUGGCUUCAUUCAAAGAGGCUGCCCAAACUGUAAAAGGUCAAGGAACGAUGGUGCUGCUUGAUUGCAAUCACGCCGAGGUGAAGAAAAUCUGCAAAAAGCUCAAAGCCGCUCCUGCGCCAUUCGCACUGAAACAUUUCAAGGACGGUGAUUUCCACAAAGAUUACGAUCGGCAGCUAACGGCAACGAGCAUGGUGAACUUCAUGCGCGAUCCCACCGGAGAUCUGCCCUGGGAAGAGGAUCCAAUUGGUGUUGACGUGAUGCACGUCCCUGAUGCGGUGACAUUGGGAAAAUAUUUGAAAAAAGAAGUUAGACCAACGUUGGUGAUGUUUUACGCUCCGUGGUGUGGGUUCUGCAAGACGCUCAAGCCAGAGUUUUCAGCUGCUGCUACCGAACUGAAAGGACGGUACGUGCUGGCUGCAAUCGAUGUGAAUCGACCGGAAAAUUCUAUCAUUCGAAAGCAGUACAACAUUACCGGGUUUCCCACACUGUUAUACUACGAGAACGGUCGCAUGAAAUACACGUUCGAAGGUGAAAAUAACAAAGCAGGAAUUGUAGCCUUCAUGAAAAAUCCGGCAGCCCCUCCUCCGACAAAACCAAAAGAACCGGAUUGGUCAUCCGAAAGCUCCUCGGAAAUUGUGCAUCUCACAGUGGGGAAUUUUGAACCGGCACUGAAGGAUGAAAAAUCGGUGCUGGUAAUGUUUUAUGCUCCCUGGUGCGGCCAUUGCAAGAAGAUGAAACCCGAGUACGAAAAAGCGGCCGAAAUCAUGAAAGCCAAAAACAUUCCUGGCGUUUUGGCGGCCCUCGAUGCGACUAAGGAAGCACCCAUUGGCCACCAGUACGGUGUGAAAGGGUAUCCGACCGUCAAGUACUUUAGCAAUGGGGAAUUUAAAUUUGACGUAAAUGUGCGCGAAGCUGAUAAGAUUGUUAAAUUUAUGCAGAAUCCUACAGAACCACCACCACCUCCUGCUCCGGAAGCACCGUGGGAAGACGAACCUUCAGAGGUGGUACAUUUGAAUGAGGAAACAUUUAAACCAUUCCUGAAGAAAAAGAAGCAUGUGCUUGUGAUGUUCUAUGCGCCAUGGUGUGGCCACUGUAAACGAGCAAAGCCGGAGUUUGCUCGGGCGGCAGAACAUUUCAAAGAUGAUCCCAAAACCGAAGUGGCAGCAAUCGACUGUACCCGCCACAGUGCCGUUUGUUCAACAUUCGAAGUUCGUGGAUAUCCUACGAUUAAGUAUUUCAGCUACCUUAAAACAGUGCGCGAGUACAACGGUGGCCGGACGGAGACUGAUUUUAUUGCCUUCCUUAAUGAUCCCAACGCUGCCCCUACGAAGACUGAUAAAUUAGCAGAACCAUUUGGUGAUUUUCCUGGCUCUGAGGAGAUACUCAUCCUAACGGACGCAAACUUUGACGAAAUGGUCAAACAGGAACCAAAUCUUUUAAUCAUGUUUUAUGCCCCUUGGUGUGGCCACUGUAAGCAUAUGAAGCCCGAUUUUGCGAAGGUAGCUCAACUGUUAGCUAACGAAAAAGUGUCCGCCAAGGUUGCUGCCCUAGACUGUACGGUACAUACGAAAACAGCAGAACAAUUCCAAAUACGAGGCUAUCCAACGCUUAAGUUUUUCACCAAUGGACAAUUCCAGAAAAACUACGAAGGUAAACGCACCGCGCAGGAUAUGUUGCAGUUUCUUCGAUCUGGUGGAUCAUCACCAAAGGAUGAGCUGUAA